AUGCCGCUCGAAAUCCGCCGUCUUGAAGAGGCCGAUGUGCCGCAAUUCGUGGACAUCACGACCGCCGCCCUCUACUCCUCCGGCAUGGGCCGCGCCUUGCACGACGACCCUCCGCACCCGGUUCACCUCGAGCAGCGCAAGGAGAAGCUCCGCAAGGCCCUCUCCAAGCCCAACACGCACCACCUGAAGGUCGUCGACACGGACAACAACGACGAGAUAAUCGCCGGCGCCAUUUGGUCCUUCUUCGACAACGGGAGGUCUGACGAGGAGCUCAAGGAGCUGGAGCAGCCCUUCGAGCCCAUCGAGGAGGAGCGUGAGCGGUUCGGCGCAGCCCAGAAGGCCUUCUUCGGCGGCUACCUCCACCGUGUGAGGCGCCAGCUGGGAAAGACGCCGCACUACUUCCUCAACCUCCUCGUUACGCACCCGAACCACCACCGCCGCGGUGCAGGUGGCAUGCUCGUCCGCUGGGGUACUCAGCAAGCCGACAAGGUUGGUCUGAUUUGCUUCCUCGAGGCCAGCGAGGCUGGCAGACCCUUGUACAAGCGCCACGGCUUCGAAGACCAGGAGACCGUUGUCUUCGAUUUCUCCAAGUAUGGCCUGAGCGGAACCGACACGAACACCACAAUGAUCAGGCAACCGGUGAAGAACUAA